AUGGAAGACAAGUUUGAUGAAGGUCCGCGCAACUACAACGAUGAGUCAAGUGUCGUUGAGUUUGAUGAUCAUGAUGAGGACGAAGAAAAAGAAGAAGGUAAAACUGACGACGACAUGGACUCGAGCGACGAUGACAACGAAGACACCAGGUCUUCGAAGAGCAACAUCAAGAGACACACGCGCACUCAAUCACUUGAGAAAGCUACCGUCAUUCCAAGUCCCAAGCGAAGAACAUACAGAGGUCCGUCGCUUGAGCAUGUUGGGGAAAUGCCGACUACGUUCAAGUCGGCUAUGGAAUCAAGCGACUCCGGCAAGUGGAAAGAAGCGUGUGACUCGGAGUUCGAUUCGCUUCAGAGAAACGACACGUGGGAAAUCGUGCCUCUUCCGAAAGGUCGCAAGGCCAUCGGGUGCCGAUGGGUUUUUCGUGUAAAGGAGAAUCAAGAUGGCGAAGUUGAACGUUUUAAGGCAAGACUUGUGGCCAAAGGAUUCUCACAGAAAUUCGGAGUUGACUAUGAAGAAACUUUCGCACCGGUGGCCAAGUUCACAUCGAUUCGUGUGGUGCUCAGUAUGGCGGCUAAGUACGGCCUAAUGCUACAUCAGAUGGACGUCAAGACAGCGUUUCUUAACGGCUCCCUCAACGAAGACAUCUACAUGGACCAGCCGGACGGAUACCUGGAUGCAACACAGCCGGACUAUGUGUGCAAGCUAAAGAGAUCACUCUACGGCUUGAAGCAAUCGCCUCGCAUGUGGAACCAAACAAUCGAUGGGUUCAUGAUCAAGAUGGGAUUCAAGAAGUGCGAAUCGGACCACUGCAUCUACAUCAAGCGAGACGACCAAGACAUGAUUCUCGUGGUGCUCUACGUCGAUGAUCUCAUCCUGGCCAGCAGCAACAACGAACUCCUCAAGUCAACCAAGAUGGCGCUGAGCAAACGCUUCGAAAUGACGGAUCUCGGUGAGCUCGAUUACUUUCUCGGCAUGGAGAUCAAGAACGACCGUAAGACGGGAAUGGUGACUGUGCAACAAACCAAGUUUCUCAAGUCCGUGUUAACCAAGUUCGGAAUGGAUAACAGCAAGCCAGUGAAGACGCCUCAAGAUCCGGCCUGA